CCUUCUAAUUUUGGUCUGCCUUGUUCUCUACUUAUCUUCUCUUUCUUUAUUAUUCUUCUUUUUUUACCGUUCGCACACACUCCCUUGACUUAUAAUUAAAAUUUGACUUCAAUUUAUUUUCGUUCCAAUUACCGAUAACAAUAAUGUACAAUUGUUUAUUUUAGUAAUUUCAUUUUUUCCUCUUAACUAAUUAGGAUAAUAAUUUUUUGUUAUGUUUGCGAUUUGCUUAUUUCCCUUGCAUUUGAGUUAAUGUAAAUUCAAUGAUAUGUUAGGCAACCUUAUAUUUCCAAAUAUCCAGACAAAUAUUAAUUGCAUCAUUCGCAAUUUUAUCUUCACAUGUAAACCUAAACGACUGUUAUAAAUAGACUGAUAUUAGGCUGCUGAAAACGUGGAAUAUGAUUGAAUAUAAAAUAGAUUAUUGACUGAGGAUAUUCUUGGAAAUCUCUCGCUUACCAAUAACGUAAGAAUCUAAUUGAAUAUGGUUACUAUGUAUAACAGCAAUUUCGAGAUAUUAGCGUUUAUUACGGAGCCCGAAUAGAUUAUAAAUAUACAUAAGAAGGAAAGCACCAACAAUUAUUAUAGAACUUCACAAACGCAAUAAAUUCUUAUUAAAAUCUAUUGUCAACAUUAUACUUGAAAAAGAUGUAUAUUAGAAGCACAGGCAAAACAAAAUGCGAGUCAGGUAAUAAAAAAGUAUAUUACGUUGAAAGUUGUUGUUAUAAUAUAUUAUGUCGAACAUAUGUUCAAUAAUAAUGCAACACAUACAGAAUAAUCCUUUAAUAUUGAUUUGUUACGAAUACAGAGCUGAUCGAGAGCUUUAGGAGUCUCGAAGUCAUAUUAAAACUCAGUAAACAAUUCCUUCAAAUUUACGGAAUGUUAUUUAAAUUUUGUAGAAAUCGAAGAGAAUUAAGGAACACGAAAAUCAAAACAAUAGAAACUAGGAUGAACAAACUGUUUCAUAAAAUAAGCAACUUGAAAAACUUCUAGUUUUUAUAGAAAAAUGGUACGUUGAUUGGCUAUUUCGUCGCUCUAUCGAGAGCUGCUGUGUACUGCGUGUAAAGCUUAUAUUAGACUACAGAUUGGAGAUUGCGGAUUAAAGAUUAAGUUUUGACGAAUCCGCAAUUUCAGUUUUGGCUUACUUUGUUCUAUUUGGUCAAGUUAUAAUCUUCAAUUCACAAUCCUCUGUUUCCAAUCUAUAAUAUGAUACAGACAUCAGAGCCAUAACAUUGUAUCAUUGAUGAAACAUUCUGUGUUGAACACAUUUACACCGAGUCCUCUGUGUCCCUUGUUGGAAAACACUCAAUUAUAUCGAGAUAUCGGUUGUGUUCAGAGGAAAGUUUCUUCGCCAGAGACAGUUGCUUUGUAAAAUUACUUACAGUAACUUUACAGUAAUUUGUAAAAUUCAUGAAUUUAAUACUAUAUUCCUGAUCAUGACUGUAUCUAAAGCAUAUACCGAUCAUAUCACGAAUUAUAACAGAUGUCAAGCUGCUUUGCUGUUGUAAAAUUCUGAUUGGCAUAUACUGUUAGAUUCAAUUAAGUUUAAAGGUAUAUAGUAAUCAUACUGACAAAUUUUGUAACAGUUAUAAAGUAGCUUUCUCUGCUGAAUAUAGCCAUUGUUGUUUGGUGCGAAAUUGACUAUCUACAUCUAAGAAGAAGAACUAAAAGAAGAACAAUAAUUUCAAAUCUUAACAACAAAGAGACAGGAGACUCUUCUUAUUAUAUAAUUCGUUAUCAACAUAUUCCUCGAAAGAAAAUGUCCACUAAAACAGAUGAAUCAAAAUGCGAGUCAGCAUUAGUUCCGACACCGGGGAUGAUUGAAAGCUCCUGCAGUUUUGAAGAUACGAUAAAGCCUAGCGACGAAUUUUUGCAAGUUUUCAAAUUAACAUACCCAUUUUCUAAAUAUCAAAGUAAAUUUAACAAAAAACAAAUCAGAACAAUAGAAGUGAAAAUGGACAAAUUGUUUCAUAAAGUAGUUAACUCGGAAGACACAAAAUUUGAAGAUGUUAUAACUCUUGCAUAUAUUUGUCAACAUAUAUGUUUUGCAUACAUGAAGUCAGAUCAGAUAGAAAACCAAUCUGCUGCUAAAGACUCCAUUUUACGCUGUUUACAUUUGAUAAAAGAUAAAGAACUGGAUCCCAACAUUAUUUUGUUGACUUUAAAAGCAUAUGGCAAUUUAAGCUUUAUUUAUCAGAAACAAAAGAAGCUGGAGAAUGCUACAGAAGCACUUGAUAGAGCUGUAAAUUUAUAUUUGACAUAUAUGGAAGAAUAUAGCGAGUACGAUAUUCCUAUCGAUUAUGAAGAUAUUAUUAUUAAACCAUCUGUACAAAUUAAUGGUUUUUCAAAAUUAAAAUCUUUAUAUAGAUACUUAUUACAAUUAUCAACAGAUAUACAUACAAAGAUGAGAUCAAAAACUAAUGAAAGUUUUAUGCUAUCUCGUCAUUUACUUUUACUCGAUGAAUUGAAUUAUUUACAAACAUCUGAGGAAUAUACACAAUGGUGUGAAAUAGCAAUGACAGUAUGCAGUAAUUUAAUCACGUGUAACCGUUUCGCAGAAGCUAAAAGUUACAUUGAGCAAUUAUAUAUAAUACAAACAGUCUUACAUGCAAAAUAUGUUGAUAGUAUGAGAAAGGGACCUUCUUCGGAAACACCCAUGUUAUUUAACCAAUGCGUAGCUAUGAUGAAUUCAGUUGUAAUAUGCUACGUGAGGUACUGUGUUAUGCUCUUCUGUGAAUCGGUGAAACGACUGCUUCGGUUAGAAAAAAACGUAGAUUCUAAGGCUAACAACUCAUUAACUAAAGAGCUACCAAAAUCGGAGGGACGGGCAUCGCGGAGGUUACUAUUAUUCUAUCCAAAUGCGGAAGAGUAUUUCGACACCAAUAUGUACCAUGCGGUCCCGUUUACUUACAUAUUGAAAUAUAACGAAGCUCAGAAACAGUUUGCCAAAGUUCUGAACGUAUUAUACAAUUCAAGGCUACAUGUUGACAUCCUCAGUGAAAUGAACUUUUCUAUUCGAAAUAGAUUAUACAUUUCUAAUAUAUACAAAUAUAUGGCAUUCUAUGAAAAGGACACAGCCACUCAGUUUUUACUACGAAAACGGCGCACAGAAAUUUUAGAAGAAGCUGCAAAUAUUUUAAGUAAUAAGAAUAAUUGUAAAUUACUGAGACUCUUAUGGCUUCAACUGACAAUUGCUUAUUCUACCCUGAUAGACACGAAACUAGACGAUAUAGAGGCAAGUUACCUACCAUAUUUGCCCCAAAGUUAUUUUGCACUUGAAAUUGAUGAAAUUAAUAUUCUAGUAGCGAAGAGCUCAAUAUUCCUACAAAAGUAUAUGUGCUCUAAAUAGAUAGUCACGAUGUUGAUGUCGGAUAUCUCAUUCGGCACAAAACGACAGUAAUCUUAUAACGAAUAACCGCGCAGACUUGGGAAUAGUGACUCGCACUCAUGACAAUUUAAUAUCAUCGAAAACUAACUUCGGAAUACAUAUGUUCAAAUCGCUAUGCAAACGAAUGUACAUUAAAGUUUAUGCAUCUGAUGAGAAAUUUUUCAUAAAUAAUAAUGAAAAAUUAUAUGAAAAAUUAUAUAUUAUUUUACAUUUUAUUAUAUGUAAUUAUGUAUGAAAUUUGUCCAUACAUAA